AUGAACGCCGUGAUGUUUAUUCUGUUGAUUUCCAUGGGACCGAUUGCACUCCGUGGUCAUUUGGAGUUCAAUAACGUGCACUGUCUUGUGCGGAACCGGAAGUUCAUGGAAUAUGAAUACUGCUACCUGAAGUCCAUCAAUCGCACCUACAAGUACCUUUCGUUAAAAACGAAAAUCCACCAUCUCCCCGUAGACAAUUGCGUGACCAGGUUUCAGUUUAGGAACCGGGAGAACCGGCGACUCAUGUACAACUUGGAUUUCAAGGUGGAUGCUUGCAAGUUCAUGCGGGAUCGCCAAAACGUGGUUGCCAAUUGGGUGUUUCAGACCUUUGAGUCCUACUCGAACAUAAACCACACCUGUCCCUACGAUCAAGACCUUGUUCUGAACAAGUUGCCGGUGCAGUACGUGAACAGGGUGCUCCAGUCGAUAGUCCCCGAUGGCAGGUAUUUCGCGAACUUGACCUUUGUGGUUUCUGGCGUUCCGUGGACCGAAGUCCUGGUCUACUUCACCAAGAGCUGAAUGGAAAUAGAAUUAUAAAUUCAGUCAAAACUUUGCAACACAGUGAAUGAAACAUUUUCUGCCCAAUAACUUAUAAAUAUUCAUGUACAGCAUCACAGGGGAAGCUAGCCUUGUCC